UACAUGUUAGCCAGUGUCAUAUAUUUUGGAAAUGCACAUUUUACAGCCAGGUUUAUAGAUAACAUGGGAAAUGUAUGGUUUAACAAUGGUUAUGUCAAUGGGAGAAAAUUGAUCCUAGAAGGUGAAAUGAUUCACAUCGACUUUUCAAUU